AUGAGCAGCUGCUCUGGGUUAUACGAGUAUUAGCAUUCAAUACCUAUUUCCAUGUUAUUCAUUUUUGUAAUAAUCUUUUGAAAUCAAAAUAUAAGGAUUAUUUUUUUAAAAUAAUUUAUUUGAUAAAUUAUUUGGAGAAAUCACUUUAAUGUUCUAGUGGACAGACUAGAGUAGCUUUAGGAAAUAUUUGGUCUCUUUCUUUUGGCAAUUUAAGAACUGCUUUGUCAAAAAAUAGAACUGGCUCCAUAAUAUACCAAAAUACUCAUGUAAGCAAAAAAAAAAAUUAUAAAUGAAGUGAGUAUUUCCAUCGAUUGUAAAAUGGCUUAACAUUAUAGUUCAUGAAUGUAGUGGAAACAAAACCAGGAGAACAAUAUACAAAGUGACUGCAAACUUAAAAAAAAAAGAAAAGAAAAGAAAGUGGGGUUCUGAACAAUUGGUAGUUACCAAUCCUGGAUAUAAAAUAGAAAAUGAAACACCGCUGUACUUUCUGUGGAAAGGGAAGCAAUGAGAGCUGUCAAUUGUUACUUUUUUUGGUUGGUUGUGCCUAAUUCUUUGUUACAAAGGAAGAGACCAUGUAGGCGAUGGAAUUAUAUACAGAAAUGACUAAUAUAGAACAAGACAAAAAUAAAUAAAAAGUACUCUUCAAGAAAUUAAUUAUUUAAAAACCAGAACUGCCUUUCUAAGAAACCUUAGAAAAUUCAGGUUUAUUAACCACUUCUUCCUUUCUCCUUUGAUUUUGAUAGAUUAAUGUAGGUAUCAGGAGAAAACAACUGCCCCCUCCCCUUAUGCAGGGGUUACCAAGAGUGGAAGCAUGGAGGAAAGCCGAAAUGAGAAGAUGAAUGAAGCUCAUAUUCUUUUUGACCGCUUUGUCCAAGCCAGCACCUGCAAAGGAACGCUGAAAGCUUUCCAAGAGCUUUGUGACUAUCUGGAGCUAAAACCCAAGGACUAUCGCUCCUUCUACCACAAGCUCAAGUCCAAGCUUAACUACUGGAAAGCCAAAGCCCUUUGGGCAAAACUGGAUAAACGAGGCAGCCACAAAGACUACAGAAAGGGAAAAGUGUGCACCAACACCAAGUGUCUCAUCAUCGGAGCUGGACCUUGUGGCCUUCGCACAGCCAUUGACUUGUCCUUACUGGGAGCCAAGGUGGUGGUCAUUGAGAAGCGGGAUGCCUUCUCCCGCAACAAUGUUCUACAUCUCUGGCCAUUUACCAUACAUGACCUGCGGGGUCUGGGUGCCAAGAAGUUCUACGGCAAGUUCUGCGCUGGGGCCAUUGACCACAUCAGCAUCCGGCAGCUCCAGCUGAUCCUUUUGAAGGUUGCCUUAAUUCUUGGCAUUGAAAUCCAUGUCAACGUGGAAUUCCAAGGGCUCGUCUACCCCCCUGAGGACCAAGAGAAUGAACGAAUAGGUUGGCGGGCACAGGUACACCCCAAAACACACCCCGUAUCGGAGUAUGAAUUUGAAGUGAUCAUUGGAGGAGAUGGCCGGAGGAACACCUUGGAAGGGUUUCGUCGGAAAGAAUUUAGAGGCAAAUUGGCCAUUGCCAUCACAGCAAACUUCAUCAACCGCCAUACCACUGCAGAAGCCAAAGUAGAAGAGAUCAGCGGUGUGGCCUUCAUAUUCAAUCAGAAGUUCUUCCAGGAACUUCGGGAAGCUACAGGUAUUGAUUUGGAGAACAUUGUCUACUACAAAGACGACACUCACUACUUUGUCAUGACAGCCAAAAAGCAAAGUUUACUAGACAAAGGAGUAAUAUUGCACGACUACGCUGACACAGAACUCUUGCUCUCUCGGGAGAAUGUGGACCAGGAGGCUCUCCUCAACUAUGCCAGGGAAGCAGCCGACUUCUCUACCAAUCAGCAGCUGCCAUCGUUGGACUUUGCCAUCAAUCACUAUGGGCAGCCAGACGUGGCCAUGUUUGACUUUACCUGCAUGUAUGCCUCAGAGAAUGCAGCCCUGGUACGGGAACAGAAUGGCCAUCAGUUACUGGUGGCCCUGGUUGGGGAUAGCCUGCUUGAGCCUUUUUGGCCAAUGGGAACUGGAAUAGCCCGAGGCUUUCUGGCUGCUAUGGACUCAGCCUGGAUGGUCCGAAGCUGGUCUCUAGGAAUUAGUCCCCUGGAGGUUCUAGCAGAAAGAGAAAGCAUUUAUAGGUUGCUGCCUCAGACUACUCCUGAGAAUGUGAGUAAAAACUUCAGCCGUUACAGCAUCGACCCUGUCACCAGGUAUCCCAAUAUCAAUGUCAACUUCCUACGGCCAAACCAGGUGCUUCAUUUAUAUGACACAGGAGAAAUGAAAGAUGUUCACUUGGAAAUGGAGAACCUGGUGAACUCUCAAGUAACACCAAAGCUCACCCGAAAUGAGUCUGUAGCUCGUUCCAGCAAACUGCUGGGCUGGUGCCAAAGGCAGACAGAUGGUUAUGCUGGAGUGAAUGUGACCGAUCUUACCAUGUCCUGGAAAAGUGGCCUGGCCCUUUGUGCAAUUAUCCAUAGAUACCGCCCUGAUCUCAUAGAUUUUGAUUCUUUAGACGAGCAUAACACCGAAAAGAACAAUCAGCUGGCGUUUGAUAUUGCUGAAAAGGAACUGGGAAUUUCUCCCAUCAUGACAGGCAAGGAUAUGGCUUCAGUUGGGGAACCAGACAAGCUCUCCAUGGUGAUGUACCUGACCCAGUUCUACGAGAUGUUCAAGGACUCCAUCCCCUCCAGUGUUACCUUGGAUGCUGAAGAGAAAGCAGUCCUGAUUGCUAGUACGAAAUCCCCCAUCUCUUUCCUUAGCAAACUUGGGCAGAGCAUCUCCCGGAAGCGUACUCCCAAGGAUAAGAAAGAGAAAGACUUGGAUGGUGUGGGGAAGAGGAGGAAGACCAGUCAGUCAGAGGAGGAGGAACCACCUCGAGGUUACAGGGAAGAGAGGCCCACCCUGGUAAGCGCCUUAACAGAGAGGAGGAUCGACGUUGCUAUUGGCAACCAGAACAAAGUGAAGUCCAUGGCUACCCAGUUACUGGCAAAAUUUGAGGAGAACGCACCACUACAAUCCACUGGUAGCAUCAGGAGACAGGGGUCAUUGAAGAAGGAGUUCCCCCAGAAUAUAGGAGGCAGUGAUAUUUGUUAUUUCUGCCAUAAGCGAGUCUACGUGAUGGAGAGGCUGAGUGCCGAAGGAAAGUUCUUCCAUCGAAGCUGCUUUAAGUGCGAGUACUGUUCCACCACCCUCCGCCUGUCUUGUUAUGCAUAUGACAUCGAGGAUGGUAAAUUCUACUGUAAACCUCACUACUGUUAUCGGCUCUCUGGAUAUGCACAGAGGAAGAGACCGGCAGCGGCUCCUCUGUCUGGGAAGGAGACUAAAGGACCCCUGCAAGACGGCACUACAGCAGACAGAACUGGACGGUCCAACUCUACUACCAGCUCAGUGGAGAGGACUCCAGGUUCAAGUGUAAAUGGCUUGGAGGAGCCCAGCCUUGCCAAGAGACUGAAGGGGACCCCAGAAAGGAUCGAGCUUGAGAAUUACAGACUGUCCAUGAAACAGGCAGAAGAGCUCGAAGAGGUUCCUGAAGAAACCCUAGCAGAACACAAUUUGAGCAGCGUCUUAGACAAAGGGACCGAAGAGGACGUGGCAAGCAGCAGUUCAGAGUCUGAGAUGGAGGAGGAAGAUGAGGAAGAAGAAGAAGAAGAAUCCCAUCUCCCCCCUUCCGACCUGGGAGGUGUACCUUGGAAGGAAGCUGUUCGGAUCCAUGCUCUUCUAAAAGGGAAGAGUGAGGAGGAGCUAGAGGGCACCAAAAACCAUGAGCCUGGGAAUGAAGAAGAGGAGGAGGAAGAAGAAGAAGAAGAGGAGGAGGAGGAAGAGGAGGAGGAGGAAGAAUCUAGUGAAGAGGGAGAGUAUUGCCCCUGGAACAGAGAGCUUCAGCAAGACCACUGGCUCCAACAUAACUCAAAAGAAGAGGAUACGGGUACAUUUAAAGCCGGAAAUCUGAAGCUACAACAGAUUGUAAAUCUAGUUGAUCCCCUGGAGAUCCAGGCAGAUGUACACUGGACACACAUUCGUGAAAAAGAGGAGGAGGAUAAAAUGGUGUCUACCUCCAAGUCCUCCAGUUCCAGAGUGCCUGACCUUCCUUCCAUACGCCACGCAGCAGUGCAGGCCUGGCUGGAGACGGUCUCUGGAGCCCCAUUUGAUGAAAAUGAUCUGGAAGAAGAUGUGGACACAGAGCCUGCAGAAAUGGAGGGGGGGGCAACCGAGGAUGGGGACACCGGGGACACCGGGGCAGAACUGGAUGAUGAUCAGCGCUGGUCUGAUGACAUCCCAUCUGAAGCUGAAGGCGAGUUGGCUUUACAAUGCCAGGAAGCAAUAAAAAGAGAGCUGAAACCAGAAGUGUCCGAGAAGGAAGAGGAGCAGCCAGCCUCCCCACCACACCAGCAAGGAAAAGGUCCCUCCUUGCCCUCUAGCCCUAGCAAGUCUCUUCUAGAAAGAACUGACGUACUCUCCCCAGUAAGAGCAAAAGCAGAGGACAUCCAAGUUCCCUUCUCUUCGGUUUUCAAUAAAGAAAAAUCUCCAGAGGAGCCUCUUUUCCCAGAUACAUUCCUCAUCAAAGAAAAGCCAGAAGCUGAAAUCCCCACCGACCAGAAGGUCUCGAACACUUCUGGGACGUCGUCUCCCAUCCGAUCGCAGCCGGCGGCCCUGCCAGAAGCCAUCGUGACCCCUUCGCCGGUCGUGUCUCGUCCGGUGUCUCCUUCGGCGACUCCUUCCUCGCCUUCCGCACAACUUCCCAUCUGCUCUCAGCCCCAGCCUUCUUCCGAAACAUCCAUCCCCUCCCCGACAGAGUCUCCCAUAUGUUUCCAGCCCGCUCCAAUCAUCAGCUCCACUCCUCUGGUCUCCCUCUCCCGAAGAGACAAGGACGACACGGCGGAAAAGCCAUGCAGCCCGGCGGCCACCGACGAGCCCGUCAAGCGCAAUGACCUCGUGGAGGAGUUCUGGUUAAAGAGCGCUGAAAUACGCAGGAGCCUCGGGCUCACCCCGAUCGAUAGAAAAAAGAGCACCGAACCCAGUUUCACUCUGCCCAACCUCGAUUCCGUGUCCCUGAAAACAUAUUCAACCAAGAGAGUGUCUCAAGAUGAAGAAAUCCAUCUCUUGAAGCCUCAGCCUUCUCCUCGAAGGCCAGGCAUGCCAAAGUUGGAGAGCGAUCCGCCGUCCCUGCUGACUCCCAAGUCACCGAGUGAGAAAGAACUGAAAAGCCUCGUUCACGAGGAGAGGAAAGAUCUGUCCAGCAGCUCCGGCCUGGGGCUCCACGGAAGCUCCUCCAACAUGAGGACUUUGGCCAGUCAGAGCUUCAACACCUCGGACUCCACCAUGCUCACGCCUCCUUCGAGCCCGCCUCCUCCCCCUCCACCCGACGAGAAGCCGGCCACUCUUCGAAGAAAGAAACAGGCUCCUUGGCAGAAGGACGCCGAGCCCGAGCCCUCGUCCGUCCCCGUCGCUCUCACGCGGCCCCCCCAAGAGCCGGCCCAGCCGUCCAGAGAGGAGGUGCGGAAGUCAUUCGUGGAAAGCGUCGACGAGAUUCCUUUCGCCGAUGAUGUCGAGGACACCUAUGACGAGAAGACCGAGGACACGAGCUUCCAGGAGAAGUUCUUCACCCCCCCCAGCUGCUGGCCCUCCUCGGAUAAACCUCUCUGCCCGCCUUUGGUCAAAGAGAACGGCCGGCUGCCCGCUUUAGAAGGCGGCGAGUCCCCGCCACAGAAAAGGGAGCUGCCCGCGGUGUCCGCAGAAGCCAAGGAACUGGCCAAAGAGCGGAUGAGAGCUAGAGAGAAGUCUGUGAAGAGCCAGGCAUUGCGAGAUGCCAUGGCCAAGCAGUUAAAGAAGAUGAAAGAGAUGGAGAUGGCGGCGGCUGCAGCUGGAACCUCUAGGAUCUCAACCAAAGUAGCUUCCUUGCCUUCCAGGACAAAAGAGCAGCUGGGCUCAGAACCCCUAAAGCCUUCGGCUCUCAGGAGGUCCGAAGUCCCCACCCUGAAGCAGGAAGCCACCAGCGAAGAUUUCUUUUCCCCGGCAUCCGAUUCAGGAGGACCUGAUGGCUCUGUCACAUCCUCGGAGGGCUCUAGUGGGAAAAGCAAGAAAAGAUCUUCCCUCUUCUCCCCCCGAAAGAAUAAAAAAGAGAAGAAGUCCAAGAAUGAGGGCCGGACACUAGAAAAGCCCAGUGGGAAUCUCCUGGAAGAAUCAGCUGCCAAGCCUAAAUCUUUGUGGAAAUCGGUAUUCUCAGGGUACAAGAAGGACAAGAAGAAGAAGGUAGACAAUAAAUCCUGCCCCAGUACUCCAUCCAGUGGUGCCACAGUAGACUCUGGGAAACAUAAGAUGUCUCCUAUGGUGAGAACAGAGCUGCAACUACGUCGACACCUGAGUUUCUCAGAGGACUCUGAUCUCUCCAGUGAUGAUGUCUUAGAGAGGUCCUCCCAAAAGUCCAAGCGAGAGCAGAGGACAUACACGGAGGAAGAGCUCAAUGCCAAACUGACCAGGCGGGUCCAGAAGGCUGCUCGGAGACAGGCUAAGCAAGAAGAACUCAAGCGGCUGCACAGAGCCCAGAUUAUCCAGCGACAACUGGAGCAGGUGGAAGAAAAGCAGAGGCAGCUAGAGGAGAGAGGAGUCGCUGUGGAAAAGGCUCUCCGUGGAGAAGCAGGCAUGGGGAAGAAGGAUGAUCCGAAGCUGAUGCAAGAGUGGUUCAAGCUGGUACAAGAGAAAAAUGCCUUGGUGCGCUACGAGUCGGAGCUUAUGAUAUUUGCCCGGGAGCUUGAGCUCGAGGACCGGCAGAGUCGAUUACAGCAAGAGCUCCGGGAGCGGAUGGCCGUCGAAGACCACUUAAAGACGGAUGAAGAAUUAUCGGAAGAGAAGAGGAUUCUGAACGAGAUGUUAGAGGUGGUAGAGCAGAGGGACUCCCUGGUGGCCUUGCUCGAGGAGCAGAGGCUGCGAGAAAAAGAAGAAGACAAGGACCUGGAGGCCGUCAUGCUGUCCAAAGGCUUCAACAUGAACUGGUCUUGAGUAUCUGCUCGUUCUUGCUGGUCUGUCUUUGCUAGCCAUUUGGCCUGGGCUGGGCUCUUCCAGAACCCCCGAGCUAGAGAAAUCUGAGAAGGUCUGGCAUUUUCUGAGAGCAUCCUUUCAGGGAUCCACGUGCCUCUUCAUCAGUGGGAUGGAGCUUCGUGUGUUUUGGGGGGGAAACCCCAACUAAAGUUGAUUUACCGGAGGCAGUUCGGCCGCCCUGGAGGACCUGGCUCAAGGGGCCCAUCUGGGAAAUAUGCACAGGGAGAAGGAAGAGCGCGGGCGAUGGAUAUUUGUUUUGGAAAACCCUCUAUCCUCCCCAGUGGACCACAAUCGAUCCUUUUCCCAUUUCCUCUACUAACCUGUUCGAUUAGAGAAAGAAGCAAAGAGACUCCUUUGCUGGCGUCCCUUCUGCUGUUGCAGGGGAACCUCAGUAGCCAUUCAUCCUGUCACCCCUUGAAAGAAACCUACAAAAAAAAAAAAGCCUCCUCUAAAUCCACACCUGAAAAUACCCAAGAGAGUAAAAAUGCCUGGGGUCUAGUCAUCUCUCCUGGAGACUGAGAGCUCUCUGGAGGGGAAGGAAUCCUCCAGAGGUAGCUGUGGGAGGGAUGAGGCUCCCUAAGGGAAUGGCCCAACACUACACAAUUCAGAGAAUGUUCCUUUAGAGUGUGUGGCCCCAGCAUCCCCCAGCCUAGGUGCUUCCCUGGGCAAGAACCCUGGGCCUGGGCACUGCUGCCUCUUUGUUUUGAAUUGCAACUAUUUUGACACUGGAAAAGACUGACUUUGAGGGAUGGAAGGAGUCCAGGCCCCAGGUUUCAGACUGCAAUCGAGGGCUGCCUCAGGACAGAAGGUUAUUGACACUGUUCAGUACUUUUUAAGUUGGCAAAGGAGAAUGUGUUUUCCUUAAUUUUUUUUCCUGUGUUUGCACAAUGAAAAUGAAGCAAAAAGACCUGACAGGACCCUCGGUCACUUUGAACCCUUCUUUUUUUUGGGGGGGGGUCAAUUAACUUAUUUUUUUUUAAUACUUGAAAAGAAGCAAGUUUGCUUUUUAUAUCUUUACAAGGAACACAAAUCAUCCAGUGCUCAAAGGAGGGAGGGCCAGACGUCUGUCUUACAUCAUCCGUCAUCUGAGCAGCAACUGGCUGAAGUCUUGGUUACAUGCAUCUAUUUAUUGCUGUCCUUCAUGAUGUUUCUACCUGUUAUUCUGGUUGGCUUCGGGGAAUAGAACAUGACCCUGUUGUGACCUCG